AUGCUCUUCCGCAACAUUGCCUUCUACCUCACUGCUGGGGCCUGUCUCGCGGUAUCCCCUGUGCUGGGCGCCAAAGACAUCAAUCAGGCUGUCUCGGAUAUGAACGACCUUACCACAUCCAUCAAAAAUGCCAGACAGUCCCUGGAUAACUACCAGGGAGAAAUGCUUCCCAGCCUCAAGGUUAGAAGUUCGGUGCAGACAGCCAAGGGUGCCGCCCAGAAAGCUCGCCAGAACCUAGCUCAGCAAGACGAGCCUUUCAAUGAUGAUGAGGCCGAGCAAUAUUACCAGGCCUUCCAGGAAAUGUGCCCGGAACUCCUGGACGCAGUGAAGUCAUCACAGAACAAGGCGCCUCUAUUCAAAAAGGCUGGGGUGGCAUCAUCUGCGAGGGCAACGCUUGAUACACUCCGGGACGAGCACUCCAAAUUUGGGGAAGAAGCGCAAAAGCACGUCCCUGCGGACGUCUAUGCUAAGGCAACUCCCUGUUCGGACCAGAUCAAGCAGGCUUUUGAUGACAAUGACAAAGCUCUGUCUUGA